CAGGUGCAAGUUCUCUGCUGUCAUCCUGAGUGCCCGCUCCCAGGCUCUCUGUAUGAGUGACGCUUCGGUCUGCCAUGGAACCUGGCCCUGCUCUGGCCUGGCUCCUGCUCUUGAGCCUGCUGGCGGAUUGUCUGAAAGCUGCUCAGUCCCGAGACUUCACAGUGAAAGACAUUAUCUACCUCCACCCUUCAACCACACCAUAUCCUGGUGGAUUUAAAUGUUUCACCUGUGAAAAGGCAGCAGACAAUUAUGAGUGCAACCGAUGGGCUCCAGACAUCUACUGCCCUCGAGAGACCAGAUACUGCUACACUCAGCACACAAUGGAAGUCACAGGAAACAGCAUCUCAGUCACCAAACGCUGCGUCCCGCUGGAAGAGUGCUUAUCCACUGGCUGCAGAGACUCCGAGCAUGAAGGCCACAAGGUCUGCACUUCUUGUUGUGAAGGAAAUAUCUGUAACUUGCCGCUGCCCCGAAAUGAAACUGAUGCCACAUUUGCCACGACGUCACCUAUAAAUCAGACAAACAGGCACCCACGCUGUAUGUCAGUGAUAGUGUCCUGCUUGUGGUUGUGGUUAGGGCUCAUGUUAUAGCAGCUCAGUGGCUCCAUGUGUUAAUAGCGAUCCGUGAGGAUCUCGAUGGUCCACAGUCCUGCAUGAGUCAUUGGCCUGACAGUAAUUACACACAUGUGACACAACACUCUUGGAGGUCAUCACAGCCAAGCAUUGCCACUUACCAUGAGGAAUAAAUGCUUCAUUGUAGCCAUUUUGAGUCUAACCAGGACCCAUCAAAGCCUUCUCUCAGUACAGGCCAAGUUCCAUACCAUAAACCUUUGUUUUCAUUCCAAGAAGUAGUUCUGCAUUUAUCGAGAUCUGGGGUUCUUAAUUUGGAAGAAUACGUGCAUGAAAUGCAGUAGGUCCUGAGACUCUAAGAUAUUAGGAGUAUGUUAUAGGGGCAUGUAUAGAUGUGGGCUUUUCAGGAGAAAAGUAAAGAACCAUUGGUUUAAAUAUAGUCAUGAAUUCAUUUGUAGCUUUAGAAUUUUAAAACAUUGACUCCAAAACGAAUGGACUGUUUCCUUGGAAAUUCUGACUGAGUCCCUGGAAGAGUAGUAAUUCCAACAAUUCCAGCCAUUUGUUCAAUUAAUUUUCUUAACAUUCUUCUCCCAGUGCUGGGAAUUACAUUCCCUCUGUUCCGUGCAGAAGACAAAAAGGCAAUCAUAAAAGUUCGUUACAUUUGUGGGGGUGCCUGGAGGAGGAUUUUCCCCAACUUAAUGGAGCCAAUGUCCAUAAAGUGGCUGUGUUAUAAUAUAUUCUUCAUAUAAUAUACUUCAUGUAAUUGGUGAGAUCGGCCUUCUCCUUGACUUGGCACCUAAUUCUGCUUCAUGAGAUCCUAGAUUCCACCUGAGUCAAUUGUGUCCAGAGCCCCAAACCAGGAUGGAGUUGUUUUCCCCAGAUAUGGGGCUCUAUUCAGCCAUAGGUAAUCUAGACAGAGGAUUUCAGAAUGAAAGGAAAACGUGUGGAGAUUAGUCCUAGUUCAUUCUGAGGGCCAACUAAGUGGCUCAGCCAGCUUCUUACUCCGUCGGCAGUUCGUACUGCCAAAGAGCUCCCACUUCCAAAUCCCCAGUGACUUUAUGGAGAAGAAUCUGCAUUAAAUUGUCUUUAGAAUGAUAGGGAAGCAAGGCAUAAAAUGCGAUGAUGAGGAGAAAGUAGACCAGUGGGGUGAUUGCAAGACUAACAAGGAGACUCAAUGGGAAAUUUUUAUUUCUUUUAGAUAUUAUUUUUGAAGUAGAUGGUAAAGUUUUUGUCAUCCUUCCUGUAUUUUUGGUACCCCAAGUUAUGAUUUUUCUUCUUCCUUGUAAAUAAUUUAAACAGUAUUUAUUUUUGUAAGGCAUAACUAGAAACUAAAAUAUAUUCUAAAAAAUUCAUUAUUCUGAACAAAGUGAUCAAAUUAGAAUACGUAUUUUUCAACAGUGGUAGAGCUUUUAAUAUAUGUUUAUUGAAAGUUAUCUAUAAUACUUGCACCAGUGUUGAAAAAGUUCACAUGUGAGCAAGAGCAAUAUGUCUCAAGGAUUUUUCUCAUGGUUUCCUCAGUGAUGGUGUCCAGGAAUCAUUCAGGUGGUGACCAUCACUGGUCUAAGUUUCUGUGCAGGGUUUUGGGGUGUGUUUGUGUGAAACUUGGUAGAACCAUGGCUAAUAAAGAGGACAGUGUUGUCAGGGUCCAUCUGCCCUCCAUAGAAAAAUGUCUCUGGCUCAUAAAAUGAGACUCCCUCAGGGACUAAAUAUGAACUGACAGCAGUAACUCUGAUACAAAAUAAUCUAAAUUGCAUCAAAUGGCCUUAAUUCAGAGUUUGUUAGGCUUAUCAAUAUGUUACUUUUAAUUGGGGUAGGAAAGUAGAGGGAGAGAAAGCAAGACAUUUAUUAAGCACCUCAUAUGUGCCAGGCACUAUGCUAAGCACUUUACAUAAGUUAGGAUUAAUCCCUGCAAGAAUCCUAUAAGGAAUGUUACUAGUAUUUCCACUUUCCAAAUGGAGGUACCAAAACUCAAACACAAUGUUGUGAAGCCGUUUCCUUCAGAUUUAGGUUAUGUGGGAUGAGGUGGGAUUGAAGAGGAAAGGUGGAAUUAUCCCCGUAGAAAUACUUUCAGGCCUGACUUCAUGGGAAUUCAUCUCUCUUAUCAUGUGGAGUUUAUCUCGCCCUGCUGUUGCAGGAUGCCAUUUGCAUGUGUCCCCAGAUGAUGUUUUUUCUUUGGGGAGUAGGGGUUUGGCUUCCUCAUUCAUCCCUCUUGCUAAAAGAGGAGAUAGUUGAUGUUGCAUCUAAAGAUGCUGUAAGACAAUGAAAAUUUGAUGUUGUACAUACCUACAAGUACCAUUUUUGUGCAUGAUUACACUCCACUGACAUCUUCCAAGUAAUGCAUGUGUUUGAAUAAGAAACAAGAAAGUGACCACACCAAAGCCCCCCUGGCUGAUGUACAGGGAUCAGUUCCACAGUGGUGCAGAUUCAACUGCCACCCAGGGAGCGCUUGCAGACUCUGCAUAGAUGUUGCUGCGUGCAUCCCAUGUGCCUGUCAGAAUGGCUUGUGUUUAAUUCUCUUGAAAGAAAGUGAUUUGCUCACUAUCUCCAGCCUCAAGGAGCCAAGGGAGGUCAUUCACAUGGAAGGUCCAGGACUGGUCAGUCAUCUGACUUUUCUAACACAUUAAAUUCUCCAUUAAAUCUCACCAUUGGUAAUGGCUUAAGUGUAAAGAGCCAUGAUGUGUAUAUUAAGCUAUGUGCCACAUAUUUAUUUUUAGACCCUCCAUAGCAUUCAUGUCAAUAUGGGAUUAAUGCCUAAACUUUGUAAAUAUUGUACAUUUUGUAAAUCAAUGAAUAAAGGUUUUGAGUGUCUCUUACCAGGCUCCUCCCUGCAAAUGCAAAUGUCAAUCAAUGAUUAAUGCACCCAGGUUAUGUACAAGGCACUGGGCUUAUUAGCACCACAGGGAACUUGCUUCCGGAGGCUCGCUUUCUAGUUGUAUAGACAAGAAUACGCGCAUGAGAAGAUAGAACACAAUUCACCAAUGCCAAAUGAUUCAUACAGUCUGUUUACUGCAGAAAAUAAAAGAAGGAAAGAUGACCAGACUUUUCAAUAAGGUCUACAGCUUCCCAAGAGCAUGUCUUUGGUAAAUCAGGAAAUAUAAAAAUUAUGUGUGUGUAUGUGUAAAUAUACCACCCUAUUAACUAUUUUUAAAUCUUACUCUAUUUUGGGGGUUGUGUUAAUGAUGAUACACCAGAAAAGAUUUCCUCUUGAUGGUUUCUCCUGGAACAAGAAACAAAUAUUGGAAUAGUGUACAUGUCAUUUUUAUCUAUAUAAUGAAUUUAUUAUAUAUUUCUUAGUAAAGUGAUAGACAUCAAAAGCAA